UUACCAUCGCUUUUUGAUUUUAUUAUUUUACUUGGCUUCGUUGCGUAUAUAAGGGGACCUCCGCCUUCAUAUUUUGUGUACCCUAUUGUGCACCUCUGGAAAGCACACCAAAAUAGUGACACAGCAGCUCAAAACCGAACCAAUUUCACAUGGAGUCCUCCAUCUUUCACUCUCCAAACUCCGAUUUCUCGUCGGAAUCUUCCUUCGGGUCGCCUGAAUCUUUCUACAGCCAAUCCUUUAGCCAACAUCCUCUCCCUUUCAAUGAAAAUGAUUCAGAGGAAAUGCUUCUUUAUGGACUAAUCUCAGAGGCCACACAAGAAACAUCGAAAACAGCUUACUCUGUUCGAAAUAUCAAGGAAGAAGAGGUCAGUUCUGUAAUUAAAGAAAAUCCCAACAAGGAGAUGAAGUCCUACAGAGGUGUUAGGAGGCGUCCAUGGGGGAAAUUUGCUGCGGAGAUAAGGGACUCCACCAGGCAUGGGAUAAGGGUAUGGUUAGGCACAUUUGAUAGUGCGGAGGCAGCUGCUCUGGCUUAUGACCAAGCUGCUUUUUCAAUGAGAGGAGCUGGGGCUAUACUCAAUUUCCCGGUUGAAAGAGUGAGGGAAUCACUCAAGGACAUCAAGUGUAGUCAAGAAGAGGGGUGCUCACCUGUAGUAGCUCUUAAGAGGAAGCACUCCAUGAGAAGGAAAAUGAUGAACAGAAGCAAGAGAGAAAGGGAUGGUAGGAUAGAAAAUGUGGUGGUUUUGGAAGAUUUAGGUGCUGAUUACUUGGAGGAGCUUCUGACUUCAUCUGAGAAUGCUAGACCUUGGUGAACAAUUAAAUAAUAUCUGCUUUUUGUAAUUUUUUCCUUUCUUUUUCUCGUCCUUUCAGUGGUAGGAAUGAUUAAACUUUGAAUAUGGAUGGAUGUGUAUGAUCUUGAUAACUUUCUUUUUUCAUUUUAUCCUUUUUUUUUUUCCGCCUGUAAAGUUUAUAGGGAUUCAAGAUUGAAGUUAUCAAUUAUAUAUCUUGAGGUGUCAACCACAUAAUACAAAUAUCAAUGAAAUGAUAUGACUACUAUCUUUCCUAGUA